AGUUAAAAAUGAAAUGAAGAAAAGGAUAACGUUUUCAUAACUUCAAAGAGAAAACACAUACACCCAUACAAAGACACCCACACACUCAAUUACACAAAGCAUGAAUGUUAAUGUUGUUGGUUACCAGAAAGAGGUGGUUUGGUGGCGGCGUCCAAUGCCCUCCUUUCGUCCUAUGACGAGAACGAGAAUAAUAAAAAUUAAAAACCCCGCUGCUGCUGCUGCAGCAGUUAUCAAACAGCAAGAAAGUCAAGUAGCAGUACCAAUAAUCCUCGGGUGGGGGGAAGGAACAUCAUCAUCAUCGUUAGCAGCAGGAGCAGGAAGUAAGGAAAAGCGGGAGAUGAGAAAAGAGAAAAGGGAAGAAAAGAUGGGGACGGGGUAUAACUGGAGGGAACACGUGGAAGAGAAGCUGCUGGAAAAACCAAAGAAAAGGUAUAAUAGCUGGAAGGAAGAACUCAACCUUGAUUUAUUAGCUCAAUUGGGCCCACAAUGGUGGAUCCUCAAAGUUUCCAGGGCUAAAGGUAAAGACACUAUCCUACGCAUGACUCAGUCCCUCCACAAAAACUUCCCCGAUCUCCAUUUCCAGGUAUUUGCUGCAGUUAUUGAUGAGAAAACUAAGUUGAAGAGUGGGAAGAUCUCAGUUAAACCGAAGUCCUUGUAUCCUGGAUGCGUGUUUAUCAAGUGCGUACUCAACAGGGAACUCCACAAUUUCAUCAAAGAAGAUUGUGAAGGGGUUGGAGGAUUUAUUGGACGAAUGGCUGGAAAUACAAAACGAAAGAUUAACAAACCGCGGCCUGUCUCCGAGGAGGACAUGGAAGCAAUAUUUCAAGAAGUGAAGGAAAAGCAGGAAGCAGCAGAUAAAGCCUUUGAAGAAGAGCAUUCAGGAGACCUUGAGUCAGAUAAAAAAUCGGUUUCACUUCCAGAUAAAAAAUUAGUUUCAAAGCAGCGAUCCAGAAAGCCUUCAGGGCCUCUUCUAGGGUCAAAUGUUCGAAUAAUAUCUGGGGUUUUUGCAGACUUCUCCGGCACCAUAAAGAAGAUAGACAAAAAGAGAGGAUUGGCAACUGUUGGGUUCACAUUAUUUGGAAAGGAAACUAUAGCAGAUUUAAAUCUCACUGAGAUUGUAGAAGAGCAUAAAUGAUGUGCGUGCAUGCCUUGUAUCUUGAAUGCUUGUUUUAUGAAUGGAAACAAUAAAAUAGUUGAUCAUCUGAUGGAAGUAGCACUUGUUGGUUACAUCAGGGGAUUUCCUACCAAGCCAUGCUCUUCAACUGAUGCUCAAAUAUUCGACCAAGACAAGUUAAUUGCAGAGGCUUGCUUAGAUUUAGAGCUAUAUCGACUGCAACACAACAUAGAUUGCAAGAACUUGUCUUGUUGAACAAAGUUAUUCUUUUGGUUUGAGGAUUACACGUCAAUAGAUCGAUGGUGAUUUAUAAUACAUUUGUUACAUUACAGCUACAAGAAUCCAAAUAUUAUGAACAUUGUGUACCAUAUGAUGUUCUAAAAUGUAUGAGGAGAUUCUUGCUGUAGGAGAUUCUUGUGAAUUGUAACAAUAUCUUGUGAACAUUGUGUAUACAAGAAUCUAAAGUUUUGGUA